GACACUGGAGGACCGCGAAGGCUAAAAGUAGCUGGUUCUGAGCCGGUGAAGAAUGGGGGCAGGGGGUCGAGGUGGGGUCCCUUCCACUGGUCCCGGCUCCUGUUCGUGUCUCCGCAGAACCCCUGCCCACGGCAGUCCCCAAGGGGAUAGCGGCAGGGCAGGAAUCCUGUUCCUCCUAGAAGCCCCGUCCACCCCCCACAGGGCUCCCUCGCGGGGAGGCCCUGACCCUGACCGUAAUCCCUGACCUAUGAUGACCUCCGAUGGGCUGCAAGCUGGCGCUGCUGGGCGCGCCGUACCUGUUGCAGGGCCUGCCACACGGGCUGCAGGCGGGGCUGUUGCCCCUGCUGCUCCGCUCCCACGGCCUCUCGCUGACCUGCGUGGGGCUGUGGGCUUCUCCAUCGCUGGCUCUUCCCUGGGUGGGCUUCUUCUUGCUAGGCACAGGCAGCCCCUGCCUCUCCUGAAGCCCCUUCUGCAGCUGCGCAUCGGGGCCCUGGCCUUCCAGAUGGCUCUGCUCUCCUGCUUCCCUAGCUCCAGUCUGGGGGGCCUCUUAAAAGGGGCUGCCCUGGUGAGUCUUGGCCCCCAGCAUUUUCUGAGUGGAACUGUGACCACCCUCACCUUUGCUCUUAUGAUGCACUGCAGCCAGCGAGCACAUAGCUCCAUCCAGUCCACUCACUACAGCUUUCUGGCCACCCUGGAGCUGCUGGGGAAGUUGCUGCUGACCACAGGAGCUGGAGCCCUGGCAGAUGGGCUGUGCUUCACACUCUUCCUUGUCCUCUCCCUGGUAGCCCUGCUCUAUCUGGACUUGGCUCCCAGUAACCUGGGCUGAACAAGGAGAAGAAAUGAAGGAAACACACCCUCGUCCCCUGCUGCUUCCCACACCCCAAACUGGGGCUGGGCCCUGGGACCUGUUUUCAGUCUCAUUAAAAACAAAUCCAUGAGCUUUUUA